GAGGGGUGCGGGGGGGGACCUCAUGUGUUUCUCCAUCGUGUGGAAUGUCUGUAAUGUUGAGUGUCUGUGUGUCUGUUUAUCACAGUGCCAUGUGUACGUAUAUCUACUACUUGAACUCGGUGUCACCUCAUGGUUCCGAGUGUGGGGUUCAUCACCCUUAAAAGGUGAUUAGGGUGCCCACCGGUAACAUCUACGUGGGCCAGAUGUGUGUGGAAGUGGAAACACUGUGAAACAUGAGCGGCCCACAGAGAAGGAGCGAUGAUUCACAGAUCAUAAAAAAAAAAAAUGUCUUUCCACUGCCAUGAGCUGAGAACAUUUACUGAAGAACCUGUGAUCACAGAACAUAAAACUAACACUUUUUUUUAAAUCUAACUACAAACAUCUUGUAAAUGAAUAUCUACUUUAAGAUAUAAAUAUUGUCAGUGUAACAUCAAUGAUCAAUACCCACAUUUGUAGCUGUUGACGAAAGAGAGUGGGUGUCUAAUACAGAGAUGAAAAGAAAAAAAAAAGAUUGUGACAAAAGAAGAAAAUACACAUUUAGGUUAGAGGUGUGGGGGAAAUCCACUGGGAGAGAAAGAGAGAGGAAGCCACAGUUUCACGGUACAAUUUUUUAGCUGAUCUUCCUCCAAACCUGAAGAACCAACUAUAUUUACUGAGUUUCAUUUCCUGUGCCAUGUAGUACCAGGGAUCCAGGAUCUAAGACUGAACCUGGUCGUCACAUCUGUCAAACUCCAGGCAGAGCUGAUUUAGCUUUGACACCAAUUUCUCAACGUAUAUGUCAACGAAGUUUCAAUUUUACUUCAUAGUUACUUGACGAAAUAUCAAACACAGACAUACGGUACACAGAACUAAAACGAUGACAAAACGCCUUGAGAAUAUUGACUUUAUAUCUGGUCAGAUGAGUUCAUAUAUUAAUGUUUCGAUUCGGUUCACGUUUGUGUGACUCGCGUGUGUGUCCUGUCGUUGAAAAACACUGCAGUGAUGUUAACGGAAAGAUGAAACCAAGGAAAUUUGCAUUCUACCUGACAGCAUGUAGAGAACCCUCUGAACCCAGGCAUUAGGGAUAAAGGAGAACCUCAAGGUCAUCUCUUUUAUCAGAAGGUCAACACAACAGUAGUCCAUAGAGAGAUAAUGCAGAGUUUUUACACCAGAUGUCAUUCAAUACUCAAACCAACCUGGGUUUGAGCACUACAUUAGUGGGUUAUAGUCGUAUCACUGCCUCAAUCAGGCUUUUCAGAUGAUGAGACUAAAAUUAAACAUAUGAGGUUAUGAACUCAGCCUGGGAGAGUUCGUUCUCAUCAUCAUCAACAACAAGACGGCCCCAUCACAGAGGACAAUGAACGCAAGCACGGGGCAAAGUUGGAACUCAAGUGGCUGCAGCUGGCAAGUUGGCGACCUGAAGACCUACCAACAUCAUGUGUACGCAGUAUGGUACAGCUUGAUCCUAGCACCGGGCCUUCUGGGUAAUGUGUUGGCACUGUGGGUGUUCAGGGUCUACAUCAAAGAAACCAAGAAGGCUGUCGUGUUCAUGAUGAACCUGGCUGUGGCUGACCUGCUGCAGGUUCUCUCUCUGCCUUUGAGGAUAUACUACUACCUGAACAACACCUGGCCUUUCGGACAUUUCCUCUGCAUGGUCUGCUUCUAUAUCAAAUAUGUCAACAUGUACGCCUCCAUCUACUUCCUGGUGUGCAUCAGCGUGCGUCGCUGUGAGCUCAUCAUGCGACCACUCAGGUACAACUCACCCAGGAAAAAGGGAGACCUGUUGAUCUGUGCCGUGGGCUGGCUCUUUGUCUGUCUGGCCUGUCUGCCCAUACCCCUGCUCCGGAUCCCCAUCUCCGACUCUGACAAAGACCCGGUGUGUUUUGCUGAGCUGCCCAUGAGGCAGGUCAGUUCUUCAGAAGCCUGGGCUCUGCUGAUCAUAGCUGAGCUGACGGGUUUCAUCAUCCCUCUGAUCCUGGUGCUGGCCUGUGCCUGUCUAACUGCUGGCAGUCUGAAAACCCUGACAGAGGGAGCGGUCCAUGACCACGGGGAGAAGCGGAAGGCGUUGAGGAUGGUGCUGAGCUGCGCCGCCGUGUUUUUGCUCUGCUUCGUUCCGUACCACGUCACCUUCCCCCUGGACUUCAUGGUCAAAGCCAACACGGUGAAAAGCUGCUCCUUCAGGGGUCUGAUCCUGCGGACUCACCCCGUCACUCUCUGUCUGGCCAGUUUGAACUGCACCCUGGACCCGCUCAUGUAUUACUUCACAACCAAGGAGUUCUGGAGACGACUGAGCCAUCAUGACGUGACAGAGGUCGGCGCAGGCGGACACAGGCGCAGGUCCUGCAUCACUGGGGGAGACGCUGCUGCACAUGAAUAGACUAUAUCUACAUUAAAGGACCCAGUGGUUCCUAAAGAGGGGGGCAGGUCCCAAAGGAGGCACAAAGCUAUUUUAAGGGGUGGGGGGGGCGUAGAAGGCAAAUGAAAUUCAAAUUUCAAAAUGUUCUUUUUUUGUCCCACACUGUGAAAGCUGCGGUGAUUUUUAAUUUAAUGUUGUUUACAAAAGCAGACACUGCAAAAAUAAUGAGAACCACGAGGUUCAUGUUAGGUUAAACAUCUAAACUCCAAGUUUAAACAUUCUUUGCAUUCCUUAGGAAAUGUUUAAAGUUUUAAAUGAUGGGGCAAAACAUAUUUUUUUGUAUUUUCAGCAUUUUUUUAAAUUGUAAUUUAAUGAUUAUCAAUAAAGACUUGUGUCUGUUCUCUCCACGUGACUUAUGUGAACACUCUUAGUUUCGUUAUGGAAAGAAUAGAAAACCCACCAGGACCAGGGUGAAACAGUCACAACAAUAUCGCUUGACAACAAUCGAUAAUCAUCUGCAGUCAUUGACACGAUCUACUAGUCAUCCGUUGAAACUCGAGAUAAAAAGCCAACAUAUUUCGUAAACACACUUCCUGAAUGAUAGUCAUUCUGAGAACAUUUAGAACUGAAACUGUGAAAUACGACUUUAUUUGUCAGGAAGCCAUUUAUUCAAACUCACAAUAUUUUUAAAGACAUGGAAAUGAAUCUAACACAGUAAUGUCGACACAAGAUAAAGUGACUUUUUUUUUUAAACACACAGUACUAAAAACUAGGUGUUUUUUUUUUUUU